AUGGCGACCCGGAAGACGAAGAAGGCACCUGCUGCCUGGCUCGUGGCGGCAAGGAAGGCUGGCACAAAUCUCCAGGACGUCCGGCUGCUCCUCAAGAUCCGUGAUGGAAUACAGGAGGAAGCCUGGGUCGCCGCCGCGCAGGUCGACCCAAAGUGGAAGUCGCGCGGGCAGACGGCGCUGUACUUUGCCGCUGCACGGCAGGAUCCAAUCGACGCUGAGAAAAUUUGUCGAUUCCUGAUGAGUCGAAUGCGCGUGCCGGCAACAAAGAGGGAUGACUGGGGCCAAAGCCCUUUGUUCUACGCAGCUAGACAAGGACACAAAGAGCUGUGUGCAUACUUCGUCGAGAAGUUGGGCAUGAGCGUCCAUCAAGCAGACAAGUGGGGCGAGACCCCCAUGUUUUACGCGAUGGAAGCGAAAAAGACCGAGACGGUCAUAUACCUCCUCAAGCAGGGCGCGUCGCUCGGCGUCAACAACAAGGGCUUCCAGUCGCCAGAAAGCCUCGCACCGGUUGAGGUGGCUCGCGAGCUGCAGGCCCGGAUGAAGGAGUGGGCCGAGCCAUUGAAGGCCUCGUCUCGGCAGCCGCAGCCGGCAGACUCAAAGAAGCGCAAGAGACCGGAUGAGGAGCAGGAGGAGGAGGAGGAGGCUCAGGAGCAAACAUCAGCUGCGGAAGGACCUCGAGCACUUCAGGAAUGGGCAGCAAGACCUGCGAAGUUGCCGAGGAAUUGGAAGACGCAGUUGGCACGGGAGAAGCUGCAAGGCAAGCCGGAAGUCAUCGCCGAAAGCUUCACUCACAAGGUCACGCUCGUGACCACCGACGCCCUGGAAGAGGUCCGGGGCCUCGAGAAGACACUCGUGGCCGACCAGGCCGGCCUCUUCAAGAGGAAGCUGUUCGUCCGGUCGUGCAGGGCGGCCGACUUCUGCUUAGCACUGGGCGCGUACGAGAAAGAUGGACAAUUUUUCGCAGAGUAUUCGCACAUCGUCGCCAACCGUGGAAAGGAAGGCUCACUCGUGCUGGUGGCUCGGGACAAAACGACCGGGCGCACCGUAGGCUUCGUCCAUGCCGAAAAGGGCAGAAAAGAGCUGCUGAUUGGAAUGGGUUUCGACAUCUUCGACGAGCCGGCACCCGAGACGACAAUGAGCAUGCUCUCGAUGUGCGUGAAGAUGGUCCGCCGUGCUCAGCAUGCCCCUGAAGCGCCAAAGGAGAAGAUCAAGAUCGAGCCAUAUGUGCAAACGGCUUUGGCGCCGUGGCACUACAAGGGGCUGCGCGUGAGAAAAACGAUCCGGUGCUGCCGCAUGGUGGAGCCUCCUAAACGGGACGAUGACUCUGCGACGGAUCCGGAGAUGCCUGAGUUGAUCCCGGUCACGCCGAAUUGGUUGUACUCACCGCGGGUGCAGGGCAUCGACUUUUGA